GGGGGGAAAAAAAGUUGAAGUGUGGAACAAGAGGCUGGAGAGCUGUUCUGCAGAAAGGAAUCUGAGGGUUCUGGUAACAGCAAGUUGAACAUGAGCCAGCAGUGUGCCUUGGAAGCCCAGAGGGCCAACCAUAGCCUGGGGUGCAUCAGGCUCAGCACUGCCACUGGGUGAGGGGAGGAAUUGUCUUGCUGUGCUGUGUGGCCUCACUGUGAAGGCUUGGUGCCACAUUAUAGGAGGUACAUAAAACUAUUGUAGCUGUUAUUUCAGUGCUUAUAUAGUGUUAUUUCAGUUAAGAUGGUGAAGGCAAGACACAUGGGGGAGUGGCUGAUGUCCUUUGGUUUGUUCAGUCUAGGGAAGGGGAGUCUGAAAGGAAAGGAUGCCUUGUAAUAGUAACUAGGCUUUUAUAAAAACAAUUACGCCAGCUUUGUAUCUAAUUCAGACACUGAAAACUCAUGCAACUCCAGCCUUAUAAACUAGCCUCUAAAUGUCUUACCUCUCCUCAGCAACCAAACUGCCCUCCAGUGUCCCCAGAAGUUAUCGAAGACUGAUGUUGUUGGGCUCUUGACAGUGCUAUUGAACACCAUUUUUUAUUUUCUUAAGAGCUCUUCUGAGCAUUUUUUAGGCCUACUCUGAGAAUAUAGAAAAGGGGUGCUUUACUGGAGCACAGAGUUAACUUAAGGUUUGAUGUACAAAUGGUUGAGAUUUUCUCAUGGAAUUAAGAAAAGCCUCUGAAAUCUCUUGCAGGUGAAAAGGACAAGCAAGGACAGUAAGACUGGAGCACCUGUGGCAGCUGGAUUAGUUCCUGAAUUUCUCAACUGCUGCUCUGUUUCCUACCUCCACAGAAUUUCUGCUACAACAGCUCUUAUAAACAUUGCUGCUAAAACUUAAAACUUGUAGUUAGGUGCCUGCAUUUUGAUGCACGAAAUGCUUUUAGCUGUAUCUGAGUAUUUAAAAAUGAUAGUUUAGCAGAUAUUUUAAGGGGAAAAAAGUAUCUUUUUUAGUGUGCAAGCUGAUUUUUUUUUUUAACAAGCUGGAAAAGCUGGGAACUUGGACAGCAUGAUAAAAAAUAUGAAUCAAAUCAACUUCUAAAUCAUUUGCUCAAUCUACACUGUGACUACUUUGUUUUUAUUAAAUAUUUAUAAAGUUAUUGAUAAUGUCCUGAGACCUGGCCUUAAAAUAUUUGUUUACCUAAUGUAGUGUGUUUUCUGCUAAAUAGGGUUUGUUAAUUUAUAGCUGUGUAAAAUAAUGUAUUACUACCAAAUUCCUCUAAACUAACAGUCAGUAGCUCUAUUUUUAUUAUAUUUAUAAUUUUAAUGUUUAUGAUAUCUGAACACAAGCCUGCUCAGAUCAUGAGUAAACUACUAAUAGAAUUUGAUUCCUGAAAACUUUGUUAGGAUCUAUUCAGUACAUUCUGAUCUUCACUACAAGUCUACAUCUGCCAUGUUUCCAAGUAUCAGAAUGAGAAAUGAAUUGGUAUUCUUUACUUACUGUGUCAAGUAAAUAACUUCCAUUUUUUUUAUUAUGCAUUUAAUUGUAUAGGCUCUAAAUGAUAUUUUCUAUCAAUGAUAAAAUAUUCCUUUGAAGUUUAUAUACCUUAAAAUAAGGAAAAGUUUGAAUAUAAUUUUUGGCAAUGCAUUUAGUAUUGUAGUUACUAUGUAAACCACACCAUUUAAAGGAAAAAAAAAUGUCAGAAAGACCUCAAAUUCAUAUUUUUGUUGGAGCACCCUGUAUUCCAAGCCAGCUGGAGCAAAAUAGUUCAGUAUCUGCUGUUGAAAAGUGGAAAGAAUUCCGCUGUUCCUAUGAUAUACAUAGUCUUUUUUCUAAAGAAAACAAAGGUACUGACCAUUUAGUGUUUCAGGCAGGAAGCUCUGUAGUCACAGCAGUUCCCACGAAUGAUAACAGCUCUCAGCAGUCUGAACAGAAGAGAUUAAUGAUAGAAAAGGGAUGUUUGAAAUCUUUUGUACCUGUGGUAGUAACUUGUGCUACCACAUCCAAAAAGACAAGCAGUUUAGUUUAUUCUGAUUUUCAAAUAUCCAAAGAUAGGCGCAUAUGUGCCAACACAGAUGAGGCUGCAGAUUGCCUUCCUCAGAAACUUGUGAAAUCAGGUAGACAGGAUGAACAAUCACGUGGCAGUAGUUCAGACCUCACUGAAAGAAAAGCCAGUCACUUAGAAAUCAGGGACUCUGACAUUUCUGAUCUGGUUGGUAGUACAAAGCAGAUCAGCAUACACCUAAGGUCUAUGGAACGAGGUGUUGAAUCAGAUCGCAGAAAUGAUCACCAUGAACAUUUAAGUCAAUAUCUGAAGAUGUUUUUCCCCCAAAAUCAAGACUCAAAACCAAAUGGAGAAUUAAGUGACUGUCCAGAUUUUGUGGUGUCGACUGAUACUGAAUUUCGUAGUAUAAUGACUUCAAGUCAGAUAGCUGCUUUUGCACAGAAUCACUUUAAGAACCAGAAUGAGAUGCAGAAAAGAGCUGUAGAACUAUUGGAGACAGAAAGAUGGAGUAAGCAUGAGGAAAGGCAAUGUGAUGACUACCACUUGGAAUCUGAUACUGGAAGAUGCCUCAGUUUGGCUGAAAAUGAGCAUAAGCAAGAGUAUACAAGUUCUCCUGAACUUUUCAGUUCUGAUUGUGAUGAGGAAAACAUUGGCUUUGAAGAUACAAGAAGAGAAGAAAGCACUAAUGAAAAUGCAGGGGAGUCUGAUGAACGUAGUGUUCCUGCUGGGCAAUUCAUAAAUGAAAUUCGUAUUGAACCAUUGAGCUCAGGAAUACUGUGCUCUCAAGUAGAAAGCUCUCGUAAGAGCUCUUAUAAAAGAGCCCGCAAGUCUGAAGAUCUUUUUCAUAUUUUUAACACAACGCUUAAAAGGCAGCUUACAUCAAAGAGAGCUAAGUUGAAUUCUUCUCCACCCGGUUCUGGAAUGACAGUGGAUCAAGAGAGGAUGGAGCUGAAGCCUCAAGGGAAGCUACUAUCACCACUUAAGGACUGCUGCUGCAAAGAUCAGAAGUACAAUGUUUUGGUUGCAGUAGUACACCCAUGUCUUAUCAAAGAAAUACAGAUGAAGACCAGACCCAAAUCUUCCUGUAAAGUUCCUGUAGCAACAAUUGUAGUUACUGAUCAGUCAGAAACUAAGAGAAAGGUGGUGCUGUGGCGCGGUGCUGCGUUUUGGUCACUCACUGUGUUUCCUGGAGAUGUCGCAUUACUUACAGAUAUCGUGAUGUAUGAGAAUAACUGGUAUGGAGAAAUAAUGCUGCAGUCUACAUUUACCAGUCAGUUACUGAAUCUGGGGAACUACUCAGCUCUCAAUCCAGAAGAAUUUUACCCUGUAGUGAAUGGUGAUGUUCUCCGUGGCUUAUUGGCGUAUGUAUCAUCAGAAUUUCCUCACUUUGGAGACAUUCCACGAAGGCAAGUUCAGAGACUGGACAGCGUUCAGUAUGUUCAGCUCAAUCAGCUUCAGCCAAACACAUUGGUUCACUCAAUCUUAAAAAUUAUCAGCAUUGCCAUAUUAACGGAAUCUGUGUAUAGCUACAGAGGAGGCUACCAGAGAAAAAUUAUUCUAACAGUAGAACAGAACAGAGAUCAACACUACAAGAUGGUGCUGUGGGGAGCAGGGGCUGCCUGGUGCCCUCAACUUCAGAGGAGAAAAGGUCAUUUGUGGGACUUUAAAUACCUUCUGGUCCAGCACAGUUCUGUCUCAGGUGAUUUUGAACUGCACUCAACUCCAUGGUCAUCCUGUGAGUGUUUGUUUGAUGAUGACAAAAGAGCAAUUGCAUUUAAAGAAAAGUUUCAGAAAAGCAAAGCAUCCCUUAUGAAAGUGACAAAUCUCUCAGCACAUUUGGAGGAAAAAUAUUCAGGAGUGAUUCAAGUGAAAGCCCGUGUCUUAGAGCUGAAGUUUACUAUUUCAACUGGUCAGUACAGGCAGCUCGUCUUCCAUGCUGACACUUCGCUGGAGUGUGUUCUGGCUUCUCUGCCAAUAAUUACGUAUUCAGGUUGUGCUAAAUGUGGUUUGGAACUACAGGCAGAUGAGAACAUGAUCUACAAGCAGUGCUUUAGAUGUUUGCCAUACAACAAAGUAAAAAUAUUCUACAGACCUGCUUUGAUGACAGUGGAAGAUGGAGGAUCUGAAAUUAAUAUACAUGUGGUGUCUGAGCUGAUGGAAAAAAUCUUCCUUAAUAUUCCUGCAGACUGGCUGAACAGAUCAGUAGUGCCCUCCUCGGACAUAACCUACAGCAUGAUAGUAGCAGAUGUGUGUCAUUCGCUGCUAGCAGACAUGGAAGCAUCCUAUUUAUUGGAAAUUAGAAGCCAUUUCGUGCUAGAUGAAAACAGCUAUCCUUUGCAAAAGGAUUUCCACCUGCUAAAUUUUCAUCCUGAUCUUUGAAGCAUCAACUUACGCAAUGAUUGAAUAAGAGACUGUAAGACAAAAAAUGAAUUAGCUCAAGGAAGCAAAUGUUUUAAAUAUAAAUAAUCACAAAAGAACAGGUAUAGAAUAUGUGCUGAUUGUACAUACUAUUGCUGUAAAACUUCGAAAUUGUUGUAAAAUAUAUUAUUGUAUACAUUUUUAAUCUUAAUAAACUGUUGCUGAUAUCUCAA